AUUCUGUCUUUUAGCUUCUGGCUAUUACAGGAAACAUGAAUUCUACUUCGUCAGGGUUUAAAAGGGUCCCUGAAGAUGACGACUUAUCAGAUGUGGACACACUCUACGACGAUUAUGACGAACCAGACCAAAGGACAGCUCAAGAAACAAAGGGAUGGAAUCUAUUUCGAGAAUUUCCUAUCAAAAAGAAGACCGGGUCGAUGGUGUCCAAUGAGUGGGUUGACAAGAGUCUGAAGGUCCUGAAACUGUUAGCUUACGUCUUGGUAUUCGCGGUAGUAUUGGGCUCGGCUGUCAUUGCUAAAGGAACGUUGCUCUUCAUCACAUCGCAGCUGAGGAAAGGCCGGCAAAUCCCACACUGUAACAAAAUGAUAGCGCCGGAUGCUCAGUUCACCACAACUCACAGUCUGGAGGAGCGGAUAUCAUGGUUAUGGGCAGCGCUCAUAGUAUUUGGUUUUCCAGAGUUUGGCAUAUUCCUUAGGUCUUGUAGAAUUUGCUUCUUCAAAUUUGCAAAUAAACCGGAACGCGCGGUCAUAUUUUAUAUAGCCUUCUUUAUAGAAACGCUACAAGCGAUCGGAGUUGCAAUAUUGGUACUUUUCAUACUUCCCGAGCUCGAUGUGGUCAAAGGAGCUAUGUUAAUGAACGGCAUGUGCUUCACGCCUGCCAUAUUGAACGCUUUAACUAGAGACCGCACGGACUCCCGAUACUGCAUGAUACUGAUAUUCGAUAUAUUCGCGAUUUCUGCACAAGCCACGGCUUUCGUUGUCUGGCCUCUACUGAACGGGAACAGCAUCUUGUACCUGACUGUCCUCUCAAGUGUAUUCAUAUCUCUCGGGUGGUGGGAAAACUUCGUAGGAUCCACAGAGAAACAAACAAAAGGAUAUUUAUUAUGGCUGGCUGAAAUUCGCGACGAACUAAAGCUGACACGUUACUACAUAUCAAGGUUCAUAUCCAUGUGGAAGAUAGUCGUGUUCAUGUUGUGCAUACUGAUCUCGUUGUAUUACCAAGGAGAUGACCCGUUCAGUUUCGUCAGUCUCGUUGCCAAUGCUUUUGGUGAUCGUUAUUAUACUGUCAACGAAGUGCAAGUUAUAAUCCAGGACGCAUACGAUGGCCUAUUACAAUACAUUGUGACUGGCGAAUCCGUUCAAAUACCCGUAUAUUGGGCAACUCCGUUAUGGGUGUCGCUCAUACAAAUAGUUUCGGCUUACAUUUGCUUUGCGAGCGGCAAGUUGGCUUGCAAGAUACUCAUACAGAAUUUCAGUUUCACGUUUGCGUUAUGUCUCGUCGGACCGGUCACUAUUAACUCUUUGAUUGCUUUCUGCGGUGCUAGAAACGCUGACCCAUGCGCGUUCCACAACGCUAUACCAGAUCAUCUAUUCUUCGAUAUACCUCCAGUGUAUUUGCUAAGAGAUUACGUAGCUCGUGAAAUGGCCUGGGUGUGGAUCUUAUGGCUAGUCUCGCAAGCGUGGAUUUGCUUCCACACAUGGAAGCCGGCUUGUGAUCGUCUUACGUCUACGGACAAAUUGUUCGCGAAGCCCUGGUAUAGCGGCCCGCUGAUCGACCAGUCUAUGCUAAUGAAUCGAACCCAAGACGACGUUAAGGAGAUUCUUGUAGAGAGUAUUGAGGAUGUGGACAAUAUAUCCAUCAACAGUCUCGAUAAAUCAAAGGAUAUUAAACCUUCGGAUUAUACAUCUAGGAUAUACGUGUGUGCUACUAUGUGGCAUGAAACGAAGGAAGAAAUGAUGGAUUUCCUGAAGUCCAUAUUCCGUUUGGACGAAGAUCAAAGCGCGCGACGUGUGGCGCAGAAAUAUUUGGGCAUUGUCGAUAAGGAUUACUACGAGUUGGAAGCACACAUGUUCAUGGACGACGCGUUCGAAGUUUCCGAUCACAGCAUGGAAGACUCCCAAGUGAAUCGUUUCGUGAAAUGCUUGGUAGAAAGUGUGAACGACGCGGCAUCGGAGGUGCACUUAACAAACGUCAGAUUGAGGGCGCCGAAGAAAUAUCCUACACCUUAUGGUGGGAAGCUUGUAUGGACCAUGCCUGGGAAGAAUAAACUGAUCUGCCACCUGAAAGACAAGUCGAAAAUCAGGCAUAGGAAACGAUGGUCACAGGUAAUGUACAUGUACUACUUCCUGGGUCAUCGUCUCAUGGAUUUGCCUCUGUCCGUUGACCGCAAGGAAGUGAUCGCAGAGAACUCUUACUUAUUGGCUUUAGACGGCGACAUCGACUUCAAACCUUGCGCCGCCACUCUGCUGAUUGAUCUUAUGAAGAAAAAUAAAAAGUUAGGAGCGGCGUGCGGGCGCAUUCAUCCAGUGGGAGCUGGUUUCAUGGCGUGGUAUCAGAAGUUCGAAUACGCCAUUGGACAUUGGCUUCAAAAGGCGACUGAGCACAUGAUCGGCUGCGUACUCUGUAGUCCUGGCUGCUUCUCACUGUUCCGAGGCAAAGCUCUCAUGGACGAUAACGUCAUGAGAAAAUAUACCCUCACUCCCAGCGAGGCUAGGCAUUUCGUACAAUACGACCAAGGUGAGGAUCGUUGGUUAUGCACUUUACUGCUUCAACGGGGCUAUCGUGUAGAGUAUUCUGCGGCUUCAGACUCGUACACUCAUUGCCCGGAACGGUUCGAUGAGUUCUUUAACCAGCGUCGACGUUGGGUGCCCUCCACUAUGGCCAACAUAUUAGACUUGCUCUCUGAUUCCAAGCGCACAAUUGAAGUCAACGACAGCAUCUCUACGCCUUACAUCGCUUAUCAGACGAUGUUGAUGUUCGGUACCGUUCUGGGCCCGGGCACUAUUUUCCUCAUGAUGGUGGGCGCUAUCAACGCUAUAACCGGCAUGAGCAACAUAAACGCGCUGUUUCUUAAUCUCGCACCCAUUGCUGUUUUCAUCGUUGUCUGCAUGACCUGCAAGUCAAAAACGCAGCUGUUUUUAGCCAGUGUGAUAACUUGCGCGUACGCAAUGGUAAUGAUGUUGGUUAUAAUCGGCAUAGUGCUGCAGAUAUUAGAGGACGGUUGGCUCGCGCCGUCGAGCAUAUUCACGGUGCUAGUGUUCGGGUCGUUCUUCGUUACGGGUGCUUUGCAUCCGCAAGAAAUAGGAUGCCUAAUGUACCUGACCAUCUACUAUAUUACCAUUCCGAGCAUGUACAUGUUACUGAUUAUAUAUUCUCUGUGCAACUUGAACAACGUCUCGUGGGGUACCCGCGAAGUGGUGCAGAAAAAGACUUUAAAGGAAAUGGAACAAGAAAAGAAGGAGGCCGAAGAGGCAAAAAAGAAGAUGGAGACCCAAAGCGUAUUACGUUGGCUCGGCAAAUCCGACGAGACCGAAGGCUCGAUGGAGUGCGGCGUCUCCGGCCUGUUCCGGUGUAUGUGCUGCACAAACCCAAAGGAUCACAAGGAGGAUUUACAUUUACUACAGAUUGUCAACAGCAUCGAGAAAAUAGAGAAGAAAUUGGAAGCUAUGGGUGCACCAAAGGAGACAUAUGAAAACCCGAUUCGUCGUCGGUCGUCUAUAGGCUUACGUGGCGACACACUCUCCAUGCUGCCGGAAUACGACGAUAGUGAGAUCUCUAUGGACGUCCCCACGGAAGUUCGUGAUCCACUCAUCAAUCCGUUUUGGAUAGAAGAUCCAAACCUCCAGAAGGGCGAAGUGGACUUUUUGACAACCGCCGAGACAGAGUUUUGGAAGGACUUGAUCGACACCUACUUGCGGCCCAUCGAUGAAAACAAAGAGGAGCAGGAACGCAUCAAAACCGACUUGAAAAACUUGCGCGACAAGAUGGUGUUCGCGUUCGUAAUGCUGAACGCGCUGUUCGUGCUAGUGAUAUUCCUACUGCAGCUCAACCAAGACCAGUUGCAUAUCAAGUGGCCGCUAGGACAGAAGUACUCUCUAGUUUACGAUGACGAAACUAACAUUGUGCACAUACACAGUGACUAUUUAAUGCUGGAGCCGAUCGGGUCGGUGUUCCUGUUAUUCUUCGGGUCGGUGAUGGUGAUCCAGUUCACGGCGAUGCUGGCUCAUCGGAUGGGUACACUGAAACAUUUGUUGUCAACCACCAAGCUCGAUUGGUACUUCGCUAAAACGACCGAUGACACGACCCAACAUGCGCACAUAGAAAACAACGCCAUUGCUAUAGCGAAGGAGUUACAGAAGUUGAACGUAGAAAGUGUGAACAAAACGGGCGGCGCCCGAGAGGCCAAAGUAGCACACAGGAAGACUAUACACAACCUGGAGCGUUCCAAGGAGAGCAAAUUCAAUAUCGUCAAUCUGGACGCCGUCUUUAAUGAACGCUUACAGAACCUGGAACCAGAUAUAAUAGCUCGAAUGCCAUCGCUGGGCGCCAACAUGGCUACUCGCAAGGCAACGUUGGCCGCAUUACAAACACGGCGUGACUCUGUGGUGGCGGAGCGGCGACGAUCGCAGAUGAUACGUCGCGACUCCACCGCGGACUACUUGUACGAAGCGCCUGACAACCCGAUUGGGGAGCCAUCCCGGCGUCGUCCGACCGGCGCUUACGUGAACAGAAGCUAUGAACCAGCUUUUGACAGUGACGAUGAGGACAUAGUGCGCCCGUGCCGAAGCACCGUACGAUAUCGGCAGUAA